UGUCCUUGCUUUUCUUUAACCCUUUCAACUUUACUACGUUUUCUUCGUGCCCACUCCUAGCUUUUGAGAGCUUUCCCACUAAGUCUAAUCACCACUCACAUGAGCAGAAGUAGCACACCACCUUCCUCCCCGCCUCUAUAAAUACCCAUCGAUCCCCACAGGACAACCUCCAUGCCAAAACAACCACCUCUUUGUAUCUCUGUAGUUUGUAAUAACCUAUAUAUCAUCCCUCUUCCUGUUUCAUACUAAACCAGUAAACCACUACCAGUUUCUAUGAACAUAUCCUUUUCCUUCUCAAAAAAUUCAGCAAGUUAGCAGUACUCCUUGGAGCCUGUUCUGUGUCUAAAACUCCGCCAACUUUUUUCAUCUCUUUCUUCCGAGCCAUAUUUCAUGCCUGAGCACUUAAAUUCUGAACCUCUUUUGGACACUCCCCUCCCUUCAUCUCUUCCAGCUCUGUGCAUAUUCUCCAACCUCAGUUCUGCAAAGAUGAAGAACAAGGCUUCCAACUUCCUCAAGCAGGUGUUCUCUGUUAUUGUCAACGUGGUGAAGGCCAAGUCUAUGGCCGUGAAGAGCAAAACUGGUGCCAUGAAGAGCCGGCUCCUCAUAUUCGGACUGCUUCGGCACAAGAAGCUGUUGAUGAGUGCAAUCAACCAUAAGAUCCAUGCACUGAUGGGCCAAGAGAAAGGUGAAGAAACUCCCACCAACACUGAGGACUACGGCAAGGCCAUAGUGCUUUAUAAUGCAAGAGAAAACGAGGCUACGCCAAGCACCACACAUACUGAGGCAGUAAACUGCGAUGAUGAUGAUGAUGAUUAUCCAGACCUUACGCACUCACUAUUUGAUGAUGAGGAUGAUGAUGAUGAUGGACUUGGUGACACCACUGGAUCGGUGAUCGAUCUGGUUAGGAACUCCAAGGAGGAUGGUUCAGAGUUCAUCCUCGAGGACGAGAUCGACCAUGUGGCUGAUGUGUUCAUAAGAAGGUUUCAUAGGCAGAUAAGGAUGCAGAAGCUGGAGUCCUUCAAGAGGUAUCAAGAGAUGUUGGAAAGGAGUGUGUAGGAGAUUAACUAAAGGAACGCAAAAGACUCCUUUAAUUCGUUUAGCAGGUGAGCCUUAGAUCGAGAUGAGCCUGACCCAGAGAGGAACAAAGAAAGGAAUUGUGGUGGGUGACCACCUGGCUUUAAUAAAUCCGGCCAGGUGGUAUCAUCAUCUGGCGCGUAGUGGUUGAUCUCUAGGAUUCUCACCUUCCAGUUACUUCUUUUUAGUUACUUGUUUGGAGCUAUGUUUAGUUGUAGAACUUUGCUGCUUUACAGAAAAAUAAAAAAGGCAUGUAUCAUGUAUGUAAUUAUAAAAUAACAAAAGGCCAUGCAGCAUUUAUUUUAGUGCAGUGCGCGGUCCUUGAAGCUGUUUUAAGUGUAUCUUCCCU